AUGAAACUCACUUUUUUACUGCAAUUAUUCGUUCUCGGAUUUUUUUUGGAGGUCGUUUUAACAUCUCCCUUAGUCGUCAGAGAUAGAGUCCCCGGAUGUGGUACAAGUUCAUCAUUAGAAUGUAGAAUCGUUAAUGUAUCCCCCGCACCUGUUACUUUUCCUAAUCCAUGUGAUCCUUUUGUUCGUUGUUAUUAUUAUUCGAAUUUUGGCAAUACUUUUUGUGAAGACGUUGACUCUGC